CACUACAAGAGUAAACUAGAUGUUUAGCAUGGGGCAGUGAAUCCAUACUGUUGUUCCUUGCAGAGCUUAAAUGCAAAAUGAAAUUUGGAAUCUACUUGCCUCCAAAAGCAGAAACCGCCAAGUGUCCUGUGCUGUAUUGGCUCUCUGGGUUAACUUGUACAGAACAGAAUUUUAUAACAAAAGCUGGUUUUCAGCAAGCUGCUGCUGAACAUGGCCUUAUUGUAGUCGCGCCAGACACAAGCCCACGUGGCUGCAAUAUUGAGGGAGAAGAUGAAAGCUGGGAUUUUGGCACCGGUGCUGGUUUUUAUGUGGAUGCCACUGAAGAGCCUUGGAAAACUAACUAUAGGAUGUAUUCCUACAUAAAGGACGAGCUGCCUAAACUAAUAAAUGCCAAUUUUCCAACUGACCCUGAACGGAUGUCUAUUUUUGGGCAUUCCAUGGGAGGACAUGGAGCUCUUAUUCUUGCUCUGAAGAAUCCUGGAAAGUACAAAUCUGUGUCAGCAUUUGCUCCUAUCUGCAACCCGAUUCAGUGUCAGUGGGGGAAGAAAGCCCUUGGUGGAUAUCUGGGAUCAGACGUAAACAAGUGGGAGGCAUAUGAUGCUACACAACUAGUGAAGUCCUAUGCAGGCUCUCCACUGGACAUCUUGAUUGAUCAAGGCAAAGAUGACCAGUUCCUAUCAGCGGGCCAGUUACUGCCUGAUAACUUCAUCGGUGCCUGCACAGAGCAGAAAGUCCCAGUAGUCUUUAGACUACAGCAGGCAAGUUGCUUCUCCAGUGCUUGAUUGUCAGGUUGUUGGUUUGUGAUUUUUGGGUCUGUGUGGCAGGUAGUGAGGGGAGUGUCUCUUAACAGGGCAUGCUGUCACUUAACCUGUGAAUCUGUCCUACCUGUGCGGAAGAGGGUGACAAGUGACAUUUUCUGUAAUACAAGCUAUCUGGAGUGCAGUAUCCAUCAGGUUCAGCUGCAUUUCACCACUAGGUGGGGUCAUGAUUUUAGUUUGGAGGAGCUGAUCCCUCGGAGGUCGCCUGAAGAAGCAGCAGUAGUGAUUUUUCAUAAGCAUCACAGUCACUGUAUGAUCAAAGUGACAGAUGUGCUUUUGCUGGAUUCCUCACCUGUACUGUGGGUAGUGUGUUUAGCAUACUUUGUGAUUUAGUUUGCAUGUGUUUGUGUAGGUUGGGAAAGGUGUGGAACUGCUUGAAAUCUUAAAUUCAUUUAAAGAGCCACGUGGAAGGAUUUCUCUUUCCUAUGGUGUGGUGACCUAGAACAGCACUUGUCUUAGUAAGUGACUGAUGACUUCCAGCCGGACACAGAGGAUCCUGGUUGUAGAGAGUGAGGGACUGCACCAAAAGAGAAAGUGCUGACAGAGAGGGGUAAUUCAGAGGUUUACGUGCCACUAUAGCAUAGUGCUGGAGCUCUAAUUCAGGGCUGGGCUGUGUCCUACUUAUACCAUGUGUUUUAAGAGUAGGACAACGUUGGUGAGGGGGGGACUGUUGUCUCAGAUUGCACCUUACUCUGCAGCUGAUGCUGUUAUCAGCUCUGAUUCACAUGCCCAGAUUGGGGCAGGUUAGGGUACUUUCUGUUUCUUCAGCUCCCUAGUGUUCUAGAUAUUUCAUCUGCUAGGUAUCCUAGGCAUUUUCUAUAUAUAAUACAGGUAUUUUUGAGUUCUUAAAACAGAUCAAACCAGGAUAUACAUUAACUUACCUAGAAGAGAACUUAGCAUGAUUGCUAUAUCAUGAACUAUGUGUAUUUUCCAAUUUCUUUAUUAUUGUUUUUUUCUAGGGUUAUGAUCACAGCUAUUUUUUCAUUGCUACGUUUAUUAAUGACCACAUCAAGCACCAUGCAAAAUACCUCAAUGCUUGAACCCUCUGGAUGUGAGCAUCACCUGACCAUUGGGAAUCAAGGGAUAGAGAUGAACUAAACAAAAAUCAUUUGCUGGAGUAGUGUCUGUAAAAUGGAGCUCCUCUGAUUGUACUGCUAAGGAAAAUAAAAGCCCCACUUAAUUUGC